CUGAGCCGGUAUGAAAUGGGCAAAAUGCUUGGUGAGGGAGGAUUCGGCUUCGUCUAUGAAGGGAAACGCUUGGAGGAUGGCCUUGAGGUGGCAGUGAAAAUUGCCAGCAAGACAAAGAAAAUGAAACACAUCUGCGUUCCUGGUCACCCUUCACCCCUUCCGUUAGAGAUCGGCCUGUUACUCCUCGCUAACAAAGAGCCCAGAGCUCCAGAGAUCAUUGAGCUGCUGGACUGGCAGGUCCAGCCCGACCGUUACAUCAUGGUCAUGGAGCGGCCGUCCCCCUGCAAAGAUCUGUGGGAUUACAUGUCGUUUAAGGGAGGCCUCCUCAGAGAGGACAAAGCACGGUUCAUCGUGGCGCAGACAGUGAAGGCCGCCCAGAUGUGCUGUCAGCGAGGAGUAUUUCACCGGGACAUCAAGCUAGAGAACCUGCUGAUCAACCCAGAAACACUUGAGGUCAAACUGAUUGACUUCGGGUGUGGGGAUCUCCUGCAGGUCGGCUAUGAAAUAUUUUGUGGAACGAGGGAGUACUGCCCGCCUGAGUACUACGUGGACCGCAAGUACCACGGGAAACCAGCAACUGUAUGGUCUCUAGGUGUGCUCUUGUUCACGCUGGUGUGCGGACGCUACCCAGAACCCAGAGACGUAAAAUCGAUCGACUACGGUAUCAGGUUUGAUCGUGACUUGUCGAAUGAAUGCAGCCACCUGAUUCGGUCCCUGCUGAAUAAAAACCCAAGCCAGCGGAUUGAUUUGGAGGAAGUUCUUCUACAUGACUGGUUUAAGGUACUGACCUCCAAAGUAUAA